UGGUAAAGUGGAGUGGCUUUUUAGUCUUUCAAAGAUAUGUGGAAAUGCCUUUCCGGUCAAAUAGAUCCACACACGUUGAAACUGAAAUAUUGAAUAUCACGUCACAUCCCACAGAUCUCAUUCUGUGUUAUUAUUCACAACGCUUUUUUGUUCUUCUUUUGCUGCAGUCCAAUAUCGGAGGAUAUAACUACUUUGAGUGAAACAUGGUGCACUGAGACCCUCAACUACUCUUUAAGGGACGACCUACUACUAUGAACUCACACAGUGCAGAUGGUGUGUUAGCCAACAAGACGCAGCACUUGCAAGUUCUCAAACCGACUCUGCGCAACCAUCUGGUUGACGUCAGCACGGCAGUGCUGCCCACGUCAGUGCCUCCUGCCACCACGCCCAUCCUCCCCAUGGAUCUGCGCAUAGUUGACCACCACCAUCACCAGCAGAAUCCAUUCGGAUUGCUCCCACAGCCUCACCCGACGCCUCCCACCGCUGCCUGCCUAGCAUCCUCUGAGCCAAGCAACGGACCUGUAGUCAACCACCAGGAGCAGCGGCUCCAGCAGGAGCUGGUAGCCCUCAAACACAAGCAGCAGCUCCAGAGGCAGAUACUGAUCGCAGAGUUCCAGAGGCAGCAUGAGCAGCUGUCGCGGCAGCAUGAGGCACAGCUGCAUGAGCACAUUAAGCACCAACAGGAUUUACUGGCACUGAAACACCAACAAGAGCUGCUGGAGCAUCAGAGGAAAAUCGAGCAGCAGCGUAAUGAGCAGGAACUGGAGAAACAGCAGCGGGAGCACAAACUGCUUCAACUCAAGCACAAGGAAAGAGGACAAGAGAGUGCCGUCGCCAGUACAGAGGUAAAGUUGCGGCUUCAGGAGUUCGUCUUGAAUAAAAAGAAAGCACUGGCUCAGCGAAACUUCAACCACUGUCUGCCUGGUGAUCCAAGAUACUGGUAUGGCAAAACCCAACACAGCUCUCUGGACAAGAGCUCUCCACCCCAGACGGCUUUGUCAGCCUACCAUCAUCCAAUGCUGGGAACCUAUGACACUAAAGAUGACUUCCCUCUCCGUAAAACAGCCUCCGAGCCAAACUUGAAGCUUCGGUCUCGACUAAAGCAGAAAGUGACGGAGCGACGCAGCAGCCCACUCCUUCGAAGGAAAGACGGUCCCAUCACCACUGCCAAGAAACGCUCUCUUGAUAUCGCUGAAUCAGCAUGCAACAGUGCUCCAGGCUCAGGUCCCAGCUCACCCAACAACAGCUCCAGUAACAUCCCUAAUGAGAACGGGGUCACCAUGUCCGGCAGCCCUGGAGAGGCUUCUCUUCUCCACCGCCUGGCUGCGAGGGAAGGUUGCAUGAGCCAUCUGUCCCUCUAUACCUCCCCGUCUCUGCCCAACAUCACUCUGGGGCUGCCUGCCACCGGCUCUGGAACCACUGUGAUAUCGUCGCACCAGGACGGCGAGAGUCGCUUGGCAUUGCCGGCACUGCAGCAGGGCAUUCCUCUGACCUCUCCUUUCCUCCCCACUUCACACUUACCAUCCUACUUGGCAUCGUCAGCACUGGACAGAGAGGCGGCCGGAGGGUCCGCAGCUGCUCACAGCCCCCUCCUGCAGCACAUGGUGUUGCUGGAGCAGAGCCACAAUCCCAUAGUUGGCCUGAGUGGCCUGCCACUUCCCUCGCCCUCCGUCUCCAAGCUCGCCCGGGGCCACCAUCCUUUGGGGAGAACCCAGUCAGCACCCCUGCCUCAGCAGCAGUGUGGGCAGGCGCAGGCCCUGCAGCAGCUGGUGGUCCAGCAGCAGCACCAGCAGUUCCUCGAAAAGCACAAGCAGCAGUUCCAGCAGCAGCACAUCAUUAACAAGAUCAUGUCCAAGCCUGGAGAUCAGGUCUCAGCCCCCAGCUCAGGCCCGUCUGUCUCGGCCCGUCAACACCAGAGUCACCCAGAGGAGACAGAAGAAGAGCUCAGGGAGCACCAGGGCCUCUCCUCUUCGUCAUCGUCCUCCUCCUCUACCUCAGUGCACGAGGUUGCUCGCGGGCUGGUGAUCAAGCAGGAGCCCCCAGACCCACAUGAGCUGGAGGAGAGGGAGAGACAGGCUGAGCAGGAGCUGCUGUUCAGACAGCAGACGUUGCUGUUGGAGCAGCAGCGGAUCCAACAGCUGAGGAGCUACCAGGCAUCAAUGGAAGCAGCCGGGCUCUCAGUCACUUUCGCUGGUCACCGGCCACUGUCCAGGGCUCAGUCAUCUCCGGCCUCCGCCUCCUUCCCCAUGGUGGUGCAAGAGCCGCCGUCCAAACCUCGAUUCACCACAGGUCUGGUGUACGACUCCUUGAUGCAGAAGCACCAGUGUAUAUGUGGAAACACGACCAGCCACCCGGAGCAUGCUGGGCGCAUUCAGAGCAUCUGGUCCCGGCUACAGGAGACGGGCCUGCGGGGACACUGUGAGUGUAUCCGAGGACGAAAAGCCUCACUGGAGGAGCUGCAGACUGUCCACUCAGAACCUCAUGUCCUGAUGUAUGGAACCAACCCACUGAGACAGAAGCUGGACUGUUCAAUUAGCCCCAUGUACGUGAGGUUACCGUGCGGAGGCAUCGGGGUGGACAGCGACACCAUCUGGAACGAGGUCCAUUCAUCCAGUGCGGCACGUCUGGCUGUGGGUUCGGUGGUGGAGCUUGUCUUCAAAGUGGCGCUGGGAGAGCUCAAGAAUGGUUUCGCUGUCGUCCGACCCCCCGGUCACCAUGCUGAAGAGAGCACGCCCAUGGGAUUCUGCUACUUCAACUCAGUGGCCAUCGCUGCCAAACUCCUCCAGCAGAGGCUCAAUGUCAGCAAGAUCCUCAUCGUGGACUGGGAUGUUCACCAUGGGAACGGAACUCAGCAGGCCUUCUACGCCGACCCAAACGUCCUCUACCUCUCACUGCAUCGCUACGACGACGGGAACUUCUUUCCUGGAAGCGGAGCCCCAGACGAGGUUGGUAGUGGAGCGGGGGAAGGCUUCAACGUGAACAUGGCCUUCACUGGAGGACUGGACCCACCCAUGGGGGACGCAGACUACCUGGCUGCUUUCAGGACGAUAGUCAUGCCAAUCGCCAACGAGUUUGCUCCAGAUGUGGUCCUGGUAUCAUCGGGCUUCGACGCAGUGGAGGGACACGCUCCGCCUCUGGGAGGAUACAAACUGACGGCCAAAUGCUUCGGGUACCUGACCAGGCAGCUGAUGGGUCUGGCUGGCGGUCGGCUGGUGCUGGCCCUGGAGGGGGGUCACGACCUCACGGCCAUAUGUGACGCCUCCGAGGCCUGCGUCUCCGCUCUGCUUGGCAACGAGUUGGAGCCCAUUCCAGAUGAGGUGUUGGAGCAGAGACCCAACGCCAAUGCUGUCCACUCCAUGGAGAAAGUGAUCGAGACUCACAGUAAAUACUGGCGCUCCCUGCAGCGCUCGGCCUCCACCCUCAGCUGCUCUCUAAGUGAGGCUCUGCAGCGGGACAGCGAGGAAGCUGAAACAGUCUCUGCCAUGGCCUUGCUGUCUGUCGCCAACAAACACAAGGAGAAAAAGACUGAAGAGGAACCUAUGGAAGAGGAAGCUCCCAUGUAAAAUAAAAGCGUUUUUUUCUGUAGUUUUUGACCACUUGGAGCAGCCGACGCCCCCAACAGUGGGACAUCACUGUUCCCCAGGCGACGGUGAUUCUUGGUCUCCCGAUCCUGGGGCGAAUCAGAGUGAACUCUGAAGACGCACUGCGCACAGACUGAUCAGCACUGACGUGUCUCUUCAUCUCCUGGAUGUAAGAGCAAAGACUCCUCCACAACCUCGAGUGCCAGUAAACACUAGACAACACUUUCUAAAGCCAGUCGCAGCCUGACGCCCUCCUGGCGUGGGGUUUCCCGACUUUUCCGUUGCUUGUCGUCUCCUCACAGAAGAAAGCCACCGGAGCUAAUGUGAUUGUGACUCUGCACUGACGAUGGAUCCUCCCUGCUGUGUUGGCUCAUCUAGAUCCAGAAAUUUGGAGUGGAGACGGACUCGAAAUAUCUGACAGCGAACGAGUGUGCGCUUGUGCCUUUUUAUUUGUCUGGUGGAGUCUCUUGUUGAACCGAACAAACUUUGCCUUAAAAAUAGGAGGCUCGGGAAUCAGGGCAACUUCAGCCCGGACUGUUUAUGUCACAGCAAGACGUCUGCAUGUUGUCGGCACAUAGCCUGCUCUCUUCAGCAUGUUUACCCAGCAUUCCCGUUUUCCCCGUCCUGUCCCUCCAUCUCUCCAUUCUCAGCGUGGAAAGUCAUUUCCAGCCACAAGUUGGAGCGGGAUCAAGUGUUAUUUAAAGCCGAUCAACUAUCAGUUCUCCUGUAGGGAACGCUGACUCGGCGCGGCUUGUUGCAGUCUAAAUAUCAUUGUCACACCACAAACUGUUGAGUCAUGUAGAGGAGAAGCAGCCUUUUAUGGAAGAGGUGCAGCUGUUUCCGUAGCAACCAGGAUGGUGCCACCUGUGAGUUUCCAAGGGGUGUGGAGGUGAAACACACACACAGCUGCAGACCACAUGUUGAAGGCAGGUGUCCACAUCACUGCGCUUACACUCCUCUUUGUCCUGUUUGUCAUUAGAUUUACUCACUUUCAGGCACCAGAGGAAAGAUCGGUCUCCAUCACCAACGUUCACAUCAGCUUGUUUAGUUUCAUCUACAUGGUUUCUAAUCUUUCCACAGGUCAUGGUUCAUUUUUAGUGUGGCAUGUCCUGAGGAGUGUGACCGUAACGCUAAACCAGUCGGUGUAGGUUUGAAUCCCUCAUGGUGAUACAGACAAGAUGGUGUUGAAAAAGCGCUGUGGUCCACGCAAUCGCUGAUGUCAGCACAAUUUGCUGGAGUUUAAAUGAUUCAGAUGGGACGUCAAAAUCAUCCAGGCUUUAUCAUGAAUUCAUCACAAUGAAUCGUUUGUUAAUGUUGGACCACAUUAAAAUGCUCUGUGCUGCGUACAGUACACAACAUUGUUGUACUUUGAUCUUUUAAAACUUGAAUUUUCCGUCCAUUAAUGUGAGCUGGUUUAGUCUCUUUCAGCGUGGAUGUUUUGGUCAUGACGCCAACAUUGUAUAACGUGGUCCACAUUGGAAUUAGCGGAUGAAAAAUGUUCCCAGUGAAAGACAGUCUAUAUGCGAAUAAUCUUUUUCAGCACUUUUUGGAUGAAUUCAUUAAUUUUUGUCUGCAAAGUCUGUUAAAGUCCCAUAAGUCAUCAUGUUUUAUUUUGCCCAAGUGUACGCCUGUGGCUUGCAAACAAAAUUAGCAAAACUGUUGUGAAGUCUUAAACCUCCCCAAAAAGUUGAGUUGACCCCGCGAACGUGUACUUCAGACUCCAGAACUUAUGCUGACAUCUUAAGUUUCAAUAUGGAAGUGGCCUUCGUGCUACAGUUGAUAAGGGCCAAACACUAUGUGAGACCUGGUUUGUGAACUUGUCAAGCAAACCUAGCUUGUUGCCCACAAGUCGCUCACUUUUCAGCAGUGUGAGCAAAUCACAGCUAUCCAUCAUUAGUAUCGGCACUCAGUUUGAGUCCUCCUUUUUCAGGUUUGAAUGGAAGUCACGUGACCUGACAGUGUAAAUAAAUGGCCUUAAAGGUUCCGAGGCUUCAUCCCUCCAA